UGUAGACAGAAGAAAUAGCAGUGAAGCAACGUGCUUUAGCCCAUUUUAACUAUACAAGUGCCGAAAUAUGAUCAUUCAUAUUGUGUAAUUUGUUAAUAAUUCGUACUCCCUUUUCUCGUUUUAUCGUUGCACAAAAAGAACACAGUUAUUGUAUUUUUAUAAUCAAGUACGAUUUUUUAUGUAAUUUCCGUAUAAAUAAAAGACAAAAGUUAAGUGAUAGCAACGUCGACCCCCUUUUAUCGCCGACACAAAUUACCGGAGCCCCAUGUUUCUCUGCUGGUAUUGUUUUUAAUAUUUUAUACCGUGUAUGGAUUUAGCCAUGGAUGUUCGAAAUGAGCUUGAUUUUCAAUUCUUGGAUUUACACGAUUUAAAUGAUAAUGACAAAAAUCAUUUACUAAAUAUUUUAAAAUCCAAUGUCACUAAUGAUGCCUUAAAAUUGCCAUGGGAUACAGUUGAAACUAACAAUGAUAUCAAUACCUCCAUAACAGAAAUUCCACAAAUACAAAAUCAAUGGUAUCAUAAUGCAAUACCACCACCACCUUCUUAUACACAACAGAUAAUGUGUAGUGACUGGCAGGGACCACCAAUAUAUCCUGUUCCAACAGAUGGUCAUAUACAACCAUUUAUGCCAGCAAUGACAUACUCACAUCCUGGUUACAACCUUGGAAGUGAAAUUCAUGAUGUGAAUUGUAAUAGAGAAAAUAACAGAAGAAAUAAUCGAGGAAGAGGAAUCAGAAGAGAUAAUUUCAACCGUGGAAUGAAUCCUACUAAUGAAAUGCAACCAGGAUAUGUGGGAGAACAGGGACAAUUUCAUCCACCAUUAUCUUUUGUAGUUAUGUACCCGGAUCAGACGCAACAACAACAAUUUUCUGGUCAUGUUCAUUAUCCUCCAUUAGCUAUAUAUCAGCCAAAUCUUCAUACACAUACAAACACGCAUCCUCAUGCACAAUCUGCAUAUGGAUAUCCUCCGUAUCAUCAUCCUUCAGGAAAUAUGAGAUGUGUUCGACAAACGACGCCUAUGCUUUCUCAACCUACUCAAGAGUGUACAAAGGUACAGAAUGCGAAGCCUCAUGAGAAACGCGUUCAAAACGUUUACACGCCCGUCAAACAACCUUUUCAUCAAGUAAAUGAGGAAGAUAAUUCUUCACAGACCAAUAUAGUUACUACAGUAAUAACUGUAAAUAACAGUAAAGUAGAACAAUGUACUGAUAAUACAGACGAAAAUACUGCCAAUAGAAAAAGUUCAAAUACAAAUGGGAAAGUACCCCCUGUUAAUGUUAAAAUAGAGCACAAUAUUGUAUCUACUGUAAAUGAAAAUUGUAAUGGAACUGAGAAUAAUGAUGUACCAUGUGUGAAUAUUAAUAGUAGCAUCGAAGUAAAACAAAAUGGAGAAACUGACAAAGAAUAUAAAAACGAAACUGUUUCUAGUAUUAAAACUACUGUUGUUAAAACAUUAUCAAAAUCUAUUUCGAAAAGUGAAAAUGAAGCACAAAAGGAAGAUGCUCCUAUAAAACCUUUACCAGAAGAAGUUGUUAUUAAACCAUCAAAUACGCCAGUCACUGUAUCCACUGCACCGCCUGCUGUAUCGAGCAUAUCUUGGGCUAGCAUUUUGAAAAAAGGAAACCCAGAAACGCAAUCAACCCCGUCAAAUCAUAAACCAACAGCACGUAUUAAUCCCUUACAUAUUAAUUCAAUCACAGAAAAUAGUCCAGCGUCAAAAACGCAGCUACAGUCAACAGAUAAAGAUCCACGAAGCGGAGUAAUUUUUGGAAACGAAAAUAUUUCAUCCAGCAUACCAAAUGUUGUCAAUGAAAGUAAAAAUCAGACAGAGUCGUUGCAAAAUCGUUUCAAUGAUCCGAUUGCUUAUCGAAUGGGCGAAUUUUUAUUAGGAUAUCACAUGGAUAAGCAAACUGUGAGUCUGUUACCGAGAGGAUUAACAAAUCGUAGUAAUUAUUGUUACAUUAAUAGUAUAUUACAAGCUUUGCUUGCUUGUCCACCGUUUUACAAUCUUCUGAUGGCUCUACCACAUUCUAAAAAUCCUAGUAAAACGUCUUCAACUCCACUCAUCGAUAAUAUGAUCAAGUUCGUACACGAAUUCACACCUUUGUCAGAUGCUGCACGAUUGGCUAGAAAAGAUAGAGCAAAUAAACGAGGGGAAGAUACAAUAGUAGACAUACAAAGUGGAGUGGCUUUUGAACCUUCUUAUGUAUAUACAAUGUUAAAAAAUACUUCAGCCGCGGGUGUAUUUUCCGUGGAAGGACGGCAAGAAGAUGCAGAAGAAUUCCUUUCGUGCCUUCUGAAUGGUAUCAAUGAUGAAAUGCUCGAACUUAUCAAAUUAGUAAACAGCGACGUUAAUGUAACAACUAAUGUUGAAACUAAUAUAAACUACAAUAAUGGAGAAGAAGAAUGGAAGGUAAUGGGUCCAAAGAACAAAGGAUCUAUUACACGAUGUACCGAAUUUGGAAGGACACCACUAUCUGAUAUCUUCCGCGGACAAUUAAGAUCUAGAGUAUCACGAGCAGGAGAACAACCAACAGAUAACGUCCAACCCUUUUUUACAUUACAACUUGAUAUUGAGAAAGCAGAAUCUGUGAAAGGUGCGCUUGAAAUUCUUGUUGGUAAAGAUCAGUUGGAAGGAAUGACGUGUAGUAAAACAAAACAACAAAUAGAAGCUUGGAAGCAAGUAACCUUGGAAGAAUUACCGGUUAUUCUUAUAUUACAUCUGAAAUGGUUCGAUUACAAACUUGAUGUUUGCUCAAAAAUUGUAAAAAGUGUAGAAUUUCCUGUUGAUUUAAAAUUAGAUAGCAAAUUUUUAUCGCCAAAUGCUGUAAAGAAAUUAAAUCCAAAACAAAAGCACUAUAAACUAUUCGCGGUUACGUAUCAUGAUGGGAAAGAAGCAACAAAGGGUCACUAUGUCACUGAUGCUUUUCACGUAGGAUACGGAGGUUGGGUCAGGUAUGAUGAUAGUUCGUUAAAAGGAGUUUCUGAAAGUAAUGUUUUAAAACCAACUCCUCCUAGAGUUCCAUAUUUAUUAUAUUAUCGCAGAUGCGAUACUAUCGGAAAUAAUCAGUCGAAUACUGGUAAAGUACGUUAAAACGAAAAGCAUUAAUUUAAUCUAUGAAAAAACUUACAUUCUGAAUCUAAGAAACAGUUUGAAAGAGUAGCUUUUACAGUUUUGCGGUUCUUGUUGAUAUUUAUAAUUAAAUACAGAGAAUGUUUAAUAAUCAAUAUCAUGUGAAAACAGAAAACUAUUUCCUUUUGACAAACUAUACUUCCAUCGAAUAUUUGUACUAAGAUUGUUGUUACGAAUUUUAUGCAUCGUUUUCUUGGUACACGAAAUAAAAAAUAGUUAAAGUUGAA